GUGAAUGGGUUCAUGACUGGGAAAGGGCUGGUCAUCUACCCAGAGAUUGGGGACAAACUGGACAUUAUCUGUCCCAAAGCGGAGCCAUCCAGGCCUUACGAAUACUACAAGCUCUACUUGGUGAAGCGAGAGCAGGCAGAGUCCUGCAGCACUGUCAUGGAUCCCAAUGUGCUGGUAACCUGCAACCGGCCUGAUCAUGAGAUCCGUUUCACAAUCAAGUUCCAGGAGUUCAGCCCUAAUUACAUGGGCCUUGAGUUCAAGAGGCAGCAGGACUACUUCAUCACGUCCACUUCCAAUGGGACUCUGGAUGGCCUGGAGAACAGAGAAGGCGGGGUCUGCCAGACACGGUCCAUGAAGAUUGUCAUGAAAGUAGGGCAGGAUCCGAAUGCUGUGAUCCCAGAGCAGCUGACAACCAGUCGGCCCAGCAAGGAAUCGGACAACACGAUGAAAGUUGUCACACAGAGUCCACGCAACAAGGUCCCUGUGAUAGAAGAACCUGGGAAGCCAGGUUCUGUUAACCAGGAUGGCAAGGAAACUCAAGGUCCCAGUGAUGGAUUCUUCAGCUCCAAGGUAGCAGUAUUUGCUGCCAUCGGUGCUGGCUGUGUUAUCUUCAUCCUCAUCAUCAUCUUCCUCGUUGUCCUCCUGAUCAAGAUUCGCAAGCGGCACCGGAAGCACACCCAGCAGCGGGCAGCGGCUUUGUCACUCAGUACCUUGGCCAGCCCAAAGUGCAGCGGUAACGCAGGCUCAGAACCCAGCGAUAUCAUCAUCCCCUUACGGACUACAGAAAACAACUACUGCCCUCACUACGAGAAGGUGAGCGGGGACUAUGGGCACCCCGUCUACAUCGUCCAGGAGAUGCCCCCCCAGAGCCCAGCCAACAUCUACUACAAGGUCUGAGGAGCAGCCUCAGCUACCCACCAAUGCAAGAGCACUAGAGAGCUGAGGGCCCUGGGGGCAGCUGCUGGCGCUCCCCACCAGUGUGCUCGCUCCAUGAGGGAAGAAGUGAAUCAAAUCCCAUGGCAAGACAAGGGGAGCGCAAGGGUCUCACACCAGAUAGUGGAUCACUCACUCGCACGCUCUCUCUGUUCUCCCUUUGUAUUUAGUUUUGUAGUUCUCAGCUUUUGUAAUCCCAAGACUUGAGGGUGAGCCUUUAGCAUCCUCCUCUGCUGCUUCAGACUGCAUCCUGGCUCUGUUAUCCAUCCGGCCGUGAUGCGGCCCUAGCGCGUGCAGCACCCAGCGUGCGUGGGCUUCGUGCCUUUCCUCACUCUCGGACACCACUGGUGACACCAGAAGACUCCACUCCUGCUUUGUUUUUUGGGAUUUUCCCUUUCAGCUUCCUCAUCUAUAUUUUAUUACAUUGAAUAUUCUUGUGUUUGGGGGCUGUGCCCUGGGUGGCUUAGGUCCAGAAUGGUCCUGGGAAGUCGGAUGAACUUGGGGGCCACAGAAAAGAGCCUCCUACUCGGUGUGGAAAGGAGCAGCUUGGGGAGGCAGCCUUUGCCGAGGCACAGCGAGGAUGCAGAGACCGUGCAGGGAGGAAGCUGACAAACCCGACUUACUUAUUAUUAUUAUUAUUUUAAUUUUUGUAAUGUUUUUAUUUUUGUGAAUUUUUGGUGGGACUCUGAGCCGCCACCCUCAGCCAUCUGGCACACUCCCCUCCCCUCUGUGCCCCACCUGCCGUGGUGGGGCCUCCUGGCCACAGAACACGGACUCAUGCCUUCUGCUGUCGUUGCCAUCCUAAACUUUUUGUGUUCACAGUUCGUAGCCGUUGACUCUUGUUUUAGUCUCUUUAAAAAAAAAAAGAAAAGAAAAAAAAAUGUAUGAUGUCUUGAACGGUCAGUAUGUGUGAGAGGGCUCUGCCUCCCCCACACAGAGCCAGCAGCCUCCUGUCCUUCCACCACGUGGUGACUCUUCUGAGCCCUCUCCCCCCUAGAAAAGGUGCGUCUUCUCCCCUGUGUGCAUCCCGCCUGAUCUCAUUCCCUAGGAUGGAGAGUGGCCGGGCUGGUUUCUUCAAAAGCAAGGGGAAGGUAGAUUCACAGAUGCUAGGGUUGGAAAGGACCUCAACAGAUCAUUGAGUCCAACCCCCUGCCUAGGC